AUGGCCAUUUCUCACUGGUUCUUCACUUCCGUGAUCUUUUUGCUGCCUUCCAUAACACACGUUUCAGCUCAGCAAGGAUGUUCUGUGGAUAACCAGAAACCCAGUGUCAAUGAAAAUAACCUGCCUGGCUACGUAGUGGCCACUAUCACUUUGGAACAGGGCUUCACCGUAACGGUGGAUCCUUCUUCUCCUGAUGCCACUUAUUUUACAAUCCAGGACUCCCAGCUGCAGCUGACCAAAAGUGUGGACUUUGAGGAGGACACCUUACUGCUAGUCUACUUGCUUUGCACCAAUGCUGCYGGGCAGAGCAACUCUCUGGAAAUUAUCGUGACCAUCAUCAACAUGAACGAUAACAGCCCGGUUUUCAAGCAGACAAAUCUCACCAAAAGCAUUCCCGAGGACACRAAAGUGAACACCACAGUUAUACCCCGCGAAGAUCUAAGCGCUACUGAUGCUGACUUGGACACCAUUUAUUACGAACUUAGGACRGAAGUGCCUGACACAGGUGGUUACUUUGCCAUAAAAGGAGUUAAUAACCCUGAAAUUUAUUUGCAAAAAGCACUGGACUAUGAGAAAUUCAAAUUCACGACAUUGCUUUUGUAUGCAAGGGACAGGCCAGUGAACAGCACCGACACCACACACACUGCUACUGCAACCAUCAGCGUAUUCAUCGAACAAGCCGACACUAAACCCCCCUGGUUCCUACCCUGCACCUUCAUUAACCCGGGCAAUAACAUUUGCAUCAGCAGCCCCUACACUGGUCGGGUCAACAUCUCCGAACAGUCGACUAUACCGCUCACCCUGGAGCCUGGGCCCAUUUACGCUAUUGAUCCUGACUACACUUUAAAUGAGAAAAUAGUGUACAGCAUUGUUGGGGGGGAUACAAAUAAAGUGUUCUCAAUAGAUGCAGAUACAGGGAAUCUAACUAUGAACAAAGCUGCAACUUCCCCAGAGACAUUCCUACUGCAGGUCAUGGCCUCCCAAGUCAACAACAUACAGAAAUACUCUGUAGUCUCUGUAGAGAUUAAGGUCAUCAAUAAAAGUGACCACGCGCCGUACUUCAAGAGCAGURUCUACAGAGGGACGGUGUCUGUUGGGCUGGCUCCAGGGAGCUUGGUGCUAGAUGCUGAUGUUCCUUCCAAACCCCUGAUGAUUGCAGCCGCUGAUGAUGAUUUCACUGAUAAAGUCAACCCGAACAUCGAAUAUCUCAUUAAAAACAGCACGGAUUUCCUCGCAACCAAAGGUGGGCUCAUCCUUACAAACGUGAUGCUGGAGUCACCAGGGACUGUGACCAUGGAGGCUCUGGGAAAAGACAUGGUGAGCCUGCAGGAGGCAAGCACUGUGAUCAUGGUGGAGAUCCUCCCUGCCACAGCUGAACCUUCCUCUGAUAAGAAAUACACUGCACAGGAUAUGGGUGCCUUAGGUGGCACCUUGGCAGCACUGCUAUUAAUAGCCUUGGUCUUCCUUGGGUUGAUGAUAUACAAGCAGUACAGAAAACCAGUCAAAUACCUGGUAAGAAAAAAAAAAUUCUCCAAAACCUUCUCGGGUGGUCACCAGAACCAAGCUUACAAGGAAGACGAAUAUCCAGAUGUGACUGCCAAACAACAUGAGACAGCAGAAAAUGGCAGUGUCCGGUCAACGACGUCUGUGCUAGAGCAGCCAUCACUUCCCUCAACUUCUUCCAAGGCAAGAGAAAUCAAUGACCUCCCAAUGGCUUCUAUGGCUUCCACCAUCAUCUUUGACAAGGAGGAGAAGGAGAAGGAGGAGGAAGAGGAAGUGGAAGUGGAAGAGAGCGACCAUGAGAAAGAAGUGAAGUCUAUCCUCAAAACAGAGAGGCGCCAGGAGGACAAUGGCUAUAAAGCUGUGUGGUUUAAGACUGAUGUAGAUCCAGAUGCUGGAGAUGGAGUUAAAGUGAUUGAGGACAAUAUAGAAGCUGAUGAUGAGGACAGUGAUGAAGACCUGGAGGAAAAUGAGGAGGAAAAAGACUUUAAUGAGAAUGGUCACACUGGAAGGCCGGGGGUGUCCUUUGCUCUGGAGAGCCAACCCCACCAAGAUGUGGAAGUGAAAGUCAGCAUGCCUGACAAGGAUAUAUCAACAGAAGAUGACAGCCACAUUUUAUAA